UUUGGCUACUGCGCGCGCAUUCCUGUGUACCGGUGCCGAGCGCGUGCUCCUCCCCCAGCCUUACGGAGCAGCGGUAACCGAGCAGCGGAGCCACGGGUGCGACCCGGAACUGUGGAGGGGAUGUCCAGCUCGCCGCUGUCUAAGAAGCGUCGCGUGGACGGAUCGGAUUUGAAGACGGGUUCAAAUUGCUCAUCCUCGAAUUCAGUGAGCACUGAUCUUUCUGCUCCAGCCAACGGCAUGGCUCGGAACGGAAAUGAAGCGGAGAUCGAUGAGGGUCUCUAUUCACGGCAGCUGUACGUGUUGGGACAUGAUGCCAUGAAGCGCAUGCAGAACUCCAAUAUACUUAUCUCUGGGAUGAGUGGUCUCGGUGUGGAGAUCGCAAAGAACAUUAUACUGGGGGGAGUGAAGUCCGUGACCAUCCACGACCAGGGGCUUACAGAGUGGAGAGAUCUGUCCUCACAGUUUUAUCUUCGGGAGGAUGAUGUCGGUAAAAACCGCGCGGAAGUUUCCCUCCCAAGACUUGCAGAACUAAACACUUAUGUGCCUGUGUCUGCGUUCAGCGGACCCCUGAGUGACGACUUUCUGUCUGGCUUCCAGGUCGUGAUUCUCACAAACUCUUCCCUUGAAGAGCAGCUUCGGGUUGGCGACAUCUGUCAUGGCAAAGACAUCAAAUUUAUUGUAGCCGACACCAGGGGGCUGUUCGGGCAGCUGUUCUGUGACUUUGGGAAGCAAAUGGUUGUUAUGGACACAAACGGAGAGCAGCCACUCAGUGCCAUGAUAUCCAUGAUUACCAAGGAUAACCCCGGGGUGGUGACCUGUCUGGAUGAGGCUAGGCACGGAUUUGAAAAUGGAGACUACGUAACGUUCACUGAAGUCCAAGGCAUGACGGAAUUAAACAACUGCGAGCCGGUGGAGAUCAAAGUGCUGGGCCCCUACACGUUUAGUAUCUGUGACACAACCCGCUUCUCGGAUUACGUCCGCGGGGGAAUCGUCAGCCAGGUCAAGAUGCCGAAGAAAAUCAGUUUUAAACCUCUGAAGGAAGCUCUGCAGGAGCCUGAGUUUGUCUUCACUGAUUUUGCCAAGUUUGACCAUCCUUCCCAACUCCACCUCGGCUUCCAGGCCCUGCACGAGUUCCAGAGCAAGAACGGCCGUCUUCCUCGGCCCCGCAAUGAGGCUGAUGCCAGCGAAGUCCUGUCUCUCACCAAGGAGAUAAAUGGGAAGCUGUCCAGCUCGGCCAAGCAGGAGGAGCUGAAAGAGAAGCUAAUCCGGAAGCUGGCGUACCAGGCCACGGGGAACCUGGCCCCUGUCAAUGCCUUCAUCGGAGGUCUAGCUGCCCAAGAGGCAAUGAAGGCGUGUUCCGGUAAAUUCAUGCCCGUCAUGCAGUGGUUGUACUUCGAUGCCGUGGAGUGUUUGCCCGAGGAAGAGGAGGACGCGAUGCUGACGGAGGAGCUGUGCAGCCCAAGGAACUCUCGUUAUGAUGGCCAGAUUGCGGUAUUUGGAUCAGACUUGCAAGAGAAGCUGGGCAAGCAGAAAUACUUCCUGGUUGGUGCAGGCGCCAUUGGCUGCGAGCUGUUAAAGAACUUUGCAAUGAUUGGUCUGGCAGCCGGAGAGGGAGGAGAGAUCACCGUCACGGACAUGGACACCAUAGAGAAAUCUAACCUUAACAGGCAGUUUCUCUUCCGCCCCUGGGAUGUGACGAAGAUGAAAUCUGAAACGGCUGCAGCGGCGGUUCGGCAGAUGAACCCAAACGUGCGCGUCACCGGUCACCAGAACCGCGUGGGGACAGAGACUGAGAAGGUUUAUGACGAUGACUUCUUUGAAGCUCUGGAUGGCGUUGCCAACGCGCUGGAUAACGUGGAUGCUCGGAUGUACAUGGACCGCCGCUGCGUGUAUUACCGCAAGCCGCUGCUGGAGUCUGGUACGUUGGGCACUAAAGGCAACGUCCAAGUGGUGAUCCCCUUCCUGACAGAGUCGUACAGCUCCAGCCAGGACCCUCCAGAGAAAUCUAUUCCCAUCUGCACCCUGAAAAACUUCCCCAACGCCAUCGAGCACACCCUGCAGUGGGCUCGGGAUGAGUUUGAGGGACUCUUCAAACAACCAGCAGAAAACGUCAACCAAUAUUUAACAGACCCCAAGUUCCUGGAGAGGACCUUGAAGCUGCCGGGCUCUCAGCCUCUUGAGAUUAUUGAAGCCGUCUACAAAAGCCUGGUUACGGAGCGGCCGAAGAGCUGGAGCGACUGCGUAUCGUGGGCUUGCAACCACUGGCACAGUCAAUACAGCAACAAUAUCCGCCAGCUGCUCCACAACUUCCCCCCUGAGCAGCUGACAUCUUCUGGAGCUCCCUUCUGGUCGGGACCCAAGAGAUGCCCUCAUCCUCUGACCUUUAAUACAAGCUGCGACCUGCACUUGGAUUACAUUAUUGCCGCUGCUAACUUGUUUGCACAAUCGUACGGCAUCUCGGGAUCUACAGACAGAGCUGCCUUGGUGGAGAUUCUGAAAUCCGUGCGAGUCCCGGAGUUCACUCCCAAGUCAGGAGUGAAGAUCCACGUUUCGGACCAGGAGAUGCAGAAUGCGCACGCCUCCCUGGAUGACAGUCGCCUGGAGGAACUGAAGAUCGGCCUUCCCACCCUGGACAGCCUCAGCGGAUUCAAAAUGUUCCCCAUCGACUUUGAGAAGGACGAUGACACGAAUUUCCAUAUGGACUUCAUCGUGGCCGCGUCAAACCUGCGAGCGGAGAACUACGAAAUCUCUCCGGCUGAUCGUCACAAGAGUAAACUGAUAGCCGGCAAAAUCAUUCCAGCCAUCGCUACGACCACGGCGGCUGUGGUGGGUCUCGUGUGUUUGGAGCUCUACAAGAUUGUUCAGGGACACAAGAAGCUGGAGUCCUACAAGAACGGCUUCAUGAACUUGGCGCUUCCUUUCUUUGGCUUCUCAGAGCCCAUCGCGGCCCCCAAACACAAGUACUAUGAGAAUGAGUGGACGCUGUGGGACAGAUUUGAAGUGAAGGGAAUCCAGGCCAGUGGCGAGGAGAUGACACUCAAGCAGUUUCUGGAUUACUUUAAGGAUGAACAUAAGCUGGAGAUCACCAUGCUGUCCCAGGGGGUCUCCAUGCUCUACUCCUUCUUCAUGCCAGCAGCGAAGCUCAAGGAACGCCUUGAACAGCCGAUGACAGAGAUCGUAACAAAGGUGUCCAAGAAGAAGAUCGGGAAGCACGUCAAGGCUUUGGUGUUCGAACUUUGCUGCAACGAUGAGACCGGAGAAGAUGUGGAGGUUCCCUACGUGCGCUACACCAUGCGCUGAGCGUGGCCAGAGCCGGGCAGGAAGAAGCACUGAGGCAGAUUUGGGGGGGGUGGCAGGGACGAGGGUUAAAGAUUUGGGAUAUUUCAUCUCCUGCUCGCCCCUACCCCUUCCCUGCAGUAAUGGGAUUGGGUCUCUUACCCCUUCACGUGUCUGGUCUCUUGUGGAACUUGUGAGCACUCUGUGAUUCUCCCUUGUAGAGCGGCCCCCCCACUCCUGUCUGCUUUCUGUCCAUGGCUUGUUGGCUCGUGCUUGCACUGGCCCCACUUCCCCUUCUGCUACCGGGGCCCUGCUAGUAGAAGGCUUCAAUGCUUUUGGGGCCCAGAGCCUCCAUUCUGCAUGGGGUUAACAGGAAUGCCCAGGCUUUGGUGUAUCUACCUUGCCCACACAAACCAUGGCUGGGGCCAGAGGGGCCACGUGCCGUAAGAUAUAGCUUUAGUGUAACGGAAAGUACGAGAAAACUGCUGAUCCUUUAGAAAUGUUUCUUUAUACUGUGUUUGAAUCUGAAAUAAAACAAAGAAUGCGGA